CAGCCGACCGUCGGGUCAGGUGACCUGCCGGCGUCACAUGACCGCCGCGCGCCGAGCCGGAAGUGCUGCGCCGCCGUUGCCGACCUGUGGUAAUGACAUGGCCUCCACCAGCUGCAGCAGGGCUGGGGCAGGGCUGCCCUGUGAGAAAUCUCAGCUCUCGCUGAAAGUGGUGUCCAUGAAGAUGAAGUUGCCCACCCGCCAGUCCCGAAUCAACAGUUAUGUGGAAGUGACGGUGGAUGGACUUUCCAGCGAGGCCAAGAGGACGGGGAAGCGGACUGGGAGCUCCGAGCUGCUCUGGAAUGAGAUCCUCAUCCUGAAUGUCACUUCCCAGAGUCUCCUGGAUCUGAAGGUUUGGAGCUGCCACACCCGGAGGAAUGAGCUGCUGGGCGUGGCCUCCAUCAACCUAGCCAUCCUGAAGAAGAGCAGCGGGAAACUAGAGAACACGCAGCUGAUCCUGAACCUGCAGACGGAGAACAAAGGCAGCGUUGUCUGUGGUGGAGAGCUGACGAUUUUCCUGGACGGGCCGACUGUUGAUCUGGGAAGCCUGCCUAAUGGCAGUGCCGUGACAGAGGGGUCCCAGCUGCCCGGACAGGACUCCAGCAGCACUGUGGCAGCUGCAGAAAGCUGCCACCAGCCCCUCAGCACCAAAUGCUUUGGCAGCAAGUCCAGGACGCACAGACACACAGCGGGAGCAGCCAGGCAGAAUGCGGGGAACGGUGAGGCCAGCCCCAGCACCAGGACAUGGCAUCGGCAGCAAGCCAAGAUCCAGGGCCACGGCAGCACAGUGAAUGGCACAGUGAACGGCGACUCUGUAGGGGCCACCGACACCGAGGAGGAGCGGUCUGCAGCGGGCACAGCCUCCCCACCAGCAGUGGCAUUGAGUGUGACAGCCAGCUCCACGGCAGCUGCCCUGCCUGCUGCAGCUGUGCCCGGGGAAGCAGAGGAGCCAGCCUCUGGCUCGGGCACGCAGCAGCCCCAGGAGGCCACGCAGGCCCUGGAGGCACUCCCACCUGGGUGGGAACAGCGAGAGCUGCCUAAUGGGCGGGUUUAUUACGUGGACCAUAACACCAAGACGACCACCUGGGAGAGACCUCUUCCCCCAGGGUGGGAGAAGCGGGUGGACCCCCGCGGCAGGUCCUACUACGUGGACCACAACACCCGCACCACCACCUGGCAGCGCCCCACAGCCGAGUACGUGCGCAACUACGAGCAGUGGCAGUCGCAGCGGAGCCAGCUCCAGGGCGCCAUGCAGCAGUUCAGCCAGCGGUUCCUCUACCAGUCAUCCAGCGCCGCAUCCGACAAUGACCCUCUCGGCUCCCUUCCUCCUGGCUGGGAAAAGAGACAGGACAAUGGGCGAAGGUAUUACGUGAACCACAACACGCGGACCACGCAGUGGGAAGACCCUCGCACACAGGGGAUGAUGCAGGAGCCGGCCUUGCCCCUGGGCUGGGAAGUGAAGUACACCAGCGAACGCGUGCGCUACUUUGUGGAUCACAACACCCGCACCACCACGUUCAAGGACCCGCGCCCCGGGUUCGAGUCCGGGAGCAAGCAGGGAGGCUCUCCGGGGGCUUAUGACCGCAGCUUUCGCUGGAAGUACCACCAGUUCCGCUUCCUGUGUCAUUCAAACGCGCUGCCCAGCCACGUGAAGAUCAGCGUUUCCCGGCAGACACUCUUUGAGGACUCCUUCCAGCAGAUCAUGAACAUGAAGCCCUAUGACCUGCGGCGCCGGCUGUACAUCAUCAUGCGUGGUGAGGAGGGGCUGGACUACGGCGGCAUUGCCCGGGAGUGGUUCUUCCUCCUGUCUCAUGAGGUGCUCAACCCCAUGUACUGCCUCUUCGAGUACGCUGGGAAGAAUAACUACUGCCUGCAGAUCAACCCUGCCUCCUCCAUCAACCCCGAUCACCUCACAUACUUCCGCUUCAUCGGCCGCUUCAUCGCCAUGGCUCUGUACCAUGGGAAGUUCAUUGACACCGGCUUCACACUGCCCUUCUACAAGCGCAUGCUGAACAAGCGGCCCACGCUGAAGGACCUGGAGUCCAUUGACCCUGAGUUCUACAACUCCAUUGUCUGGAUCAAGGAGAACAGCCUGGAGGAGUGUGGCUUGGAGCUGUACUUCAUCCAGGACAUGGAGAUCCUGGGCAAGGUGACAACCCAUGAGCUGAAGGAGGGCGGCGAGAACAUCCGGGUGACAGAGGAGAACAAGGAAGAGUACAUCAUGCUGCUGACAGACUGGAGGUUCACACGGGGCGUGGAGGAGCAGACCAAGGCCUUCCUGGAUGGCUUCAACGAGGUGGUGCCGCUGGAGUGGCUGCGGUACUUUGACGAGAAGGAGCUUGAGCUGAUGCUGUGCGGCAUGCAGGAGAUCGACAUGAACGACUGGCAGAAGAACACGAUCUACCGGCACUACACCAAGAACAGCAAGCAGAUCCAGUGGUUCUGGCAGGUCGUCAAGGAGAUGGACAACGAGAAGAGGAUCCGGCUGUUGCAGUUUGUGACAGGGACCUGCCGCCUGCCGGUCGGAGGAUUCAUGGAGCUCAUCGGCAGCAACGGGCCGCAGAAGUUCUGCAUCGAUAAGGUUGGCAAGGAGACGUGGCUGCCACGGAGCCACACCUGCUUUAACCGUCUGGACCUUCCCCCCUACAAGAGCUACGAACAGCUGAAGGAGAAGCUGCUUUAUGCCAUCGAGGAGACCGAGGGCUUUGGCCAGGAGUGAGGGAGCUGGCCUUUCCCCGCCUGACCAGGCUGCCUGAGGGCCCAGCAGGUGCCAGGAACAGGCUGCGUGCUGUGAGCACCUGCUUGGGGUGGAGGCGGGCGGAGCUCAUGCCAGUUCCUCUCUCCUUCCUCCCCAGAGGCAGCUGCAGCCAGCAGCAGCCUCUUGUCACUUGUGCCAGCACCGCCUGAGGGGGCCAGGCCUGUGCUCCCUCCCAGAGCAGUGCAAGCUGCUCUGGGGGGCAGGGAGGGCACCAGCACCUUGCUGAGUGGGGCAGGGGCAUCAGGCCCCCUGGGGAGGGGUCUCUGGACACGUUCAUGCUAAACUGUCCCUAGCCCAGUGCCUGAGCUCCUGAUCCUGGGGUCUGAGGCCCAGGUACAGCAGGGACUCCUGCCCCCUCUCCCACAAAUGCCUCCCUAUCCCCACAUGUGCCCGGGGCAGAGCCACCUCACACCAAAGACGUGGGCGCGAUUGUUACCUCUCCCCAGCACGUGGUGUUGCAGGAGCGAGAGGCAGCGGAUUCAGAGCACACCCGGUUACUCCUCUGUGCCGCGUGUUCAUGCUUCUCGCAUCCUGGAGCUGCUGGGCCAUGUCCCUGCAGCCCUUUGGGGUGAGGCUUCUGCCUGUAGCCAUGGGCAGCCAGAGCCC